AUGGCGCGGGGCGGCGGGCGGCUGCAGCCCCGCGCCGCCGCCGCCGCUGCCCCUGCCCGGGGGGACCGGGGGCCGCUCGGCCUCCUGUGCCUGGCGCUGCUGUGCGCGCUGGGCGCCGCCGAGGCGGAGUUCUCCAUCCUGGACGAGGCGCAAGUGCUGGCCAGCCAGAUGAGGAAACUCGCCACCGAGGAGCUGAGGGUCGUCACCAUGCAGAGGAUAUUCAACUCCUUCGUGUACACAGAGAAAAUAUCAAAUGGAGAGAGCGAAGUUCAGCAGUUGGCAAAAAAAAUCCGUGAGAAGUUCAACCGCUACCUGGACGUGGUGAAUCGGAACAAGCAGGUGGUGGAAGCCUCGUACACUGCCCACCUCACCUCACCCCUGACUGCCAUCCAGGACUGCUGCACCAUCCCCCCUUCCAUGAUGGAAUUUGAUGGGAAUUUCAACACCAACGUUUCCAGAACCAUCAGCUGCGAUCGCCUCUCGACCACUGUCAACAGCAGAGCCUUCAAUCCUGGACGUGACUUAAAUUCUGUCCUUGCUGACAACCUGAAGUCUAACCCAGGGAUCAAGUGGCAGUAUUUCAGCUCAGAAGAAGGGAUUUUCACCGUGUUCCCAGCCCACAAGUUCCGGUGCAAGGGCAGCUACGAACACCGCAGCAGGCCCGUCUACGUCUCCACCGUUCGCCCUCAGUCCAAGCACAUCGUGGUGAUCGUGGACCACGGGGCCUCUGUCACAGACACUCAGCUCCAGAUUGCCAAGGAUGCUGCCCAGGUCAUCCUCAGCUCCAUAGAUGAGCACGACAAGAUCUCGGUGCUGACGGUGGCGGACACGGUGCGCACGUGCUCCCUGGACCAGUGCUACAAGACCUUCCUGUCCCCUGCCACCAGCGAGACCAAGAGGAAGAUGUCCACCUUUGUCAGCAGCAUCAAGGCGUCUGACAGCUCCACGCAGCACGCCCUGGGCUUCCAGAAGGCUUUCCAGCUCCUGCGGAACACCAACAACGGCACCCGGCUCCAAGGAAAUACUGACAUGGUCAUCAUUUAUCUCUCGGCUGGGAUCACAUCAAAAGAGUCCUCAGAAGAUGACAAAAAAGCCACUCUGCGUGUCAUCAACGAGGAGAACAGCUUCCUCAAUAACUCAGUGAUGAUCCUCACUUAUGCCCUCAUGAAUGAGGGGGUGACGGGGCUGAAGGAGCUGGCCUUCCUGCGGGACCUGGCUGAGCAGAACUCGGCCAAGUACGGCGUGCCCGACCGCAGCGCCCUGCCCGUCACCAAGGGCAGCAUGAUGGUCCUCAACCAGCUCAGCAACCUGGAGACCACCGUGGGCAGGUUCUACACCAACCUGCCCAACAGGAUGAUCGACGAGGCCGUGUUCAGCCUGCCCUUCUCGGAUGAGAUGGGGGAUGGCCUGAUAAUGACUGUCAGUAAACCCUGCUACUUUGGGAACCUCCUGCUGGGAAUUGUUGGAGUAGAUGUCAACCUUGCCUACAUCUUGGAAGAUGUCACCUAUUACCAGGACUCCUUGGGAUCCUACACCUUCCUCAUUGAUAAUAAAGGGUACACUCUGAUGCACCCCUCCCUGACCAGGCCCUACCUGCUGUCUGAGCCUCCCCUGCACACAGACAUCAUCCACUACGAGAACAUUCCCAAGUUCGAGCUGGUGCGCCAGAACAUCCUCAGCAUUCCCUUGGGCAGCCAGAUCAUCACAGUUCCUGUGAACUCCUCGCUGUCCUGGCACGUCAACAAGCUGAGGGAAAUCGGGAAAGAAGCCUACAAUGUCAGCUAUGCCUGGAAAAUGGUGCAGGACACGUCCUUCAUCCUGUGUGUGGUGGUGAUCCAGCCAGAAAUUCCCGUGAAGCAGCUGAAGAACCUCAACACCGUCCCCAGCAGCAAGCUGCUCUACCACAGGCUGGACCUGCUGGGCCAGCCCAACGCCUGCCUGCACUUCAAGCAGCUGGCCACCCUGGAGAGCCCCACAGUGAUGCUGUCUGCAGGCAGCUUCUCCUCCCCCUACGAGCACCUGAGCCAGCCCGAGACCAAGCGGAUGGUGGAGCACUACACGGCCUACCUGAGCGACAACACGCGCCUCAUCGCCAACCCCGGCCUCAAGUUCUCUGUCAGGAAUGAAGUAAUGGCAACCAGUCACGGCACGGAUGAAUGGAUGACCCAGAUGGAGAUCAGCGGCCUCAACAGCUACAUUGUCAGGCGUUACAUAGCAACCCCCAAUGGGGUGCUGCGCAUCUACCCCGGCUCCCUCAUGGACAAAGCAUUUGAUCCCACCAGGAGACAAUGGUACCUGCAUGCAGUGGCCAAUCCAGGACUCAUCACCUUUACUGGGCCCUACCUGGACGUGGGAGGGGCUGGAUAUGUGGUGACCAUCAGCCACACUGUCCAUUCCUCCAGUGCUCAGAUGUCCUCAGGACACUCCGUGGCCGUGAUGGGCAUCGACUUCACCCUCAGAUAUUUCUACAAAGUCCUCAUGGACCUGUUGCCAGUUUGUAACCAAGAUGGGGGGAACAAAAUCAGGUGCUUCAUCAUGGAGGACAGGGGGUACCUGGUGGCACAUCCAACCCUCAUCGACCCCAAGGGCCACGCGCCCGUGGAGCAGCAGCACAUCACUCACAAGGAGCCUCUGGUAGCAAAUGACAUCCUGAACCACCCCAACUUUGUCAAGAAGAACCUCUGCAACAGCUUCAGCGACAGGACCGUGCAGCGCUUCUACAAAUUCAACACCAGCCUAGUGGGUGACCUGACCAACCUGGUGCACGGCAGUCACUGCUCCAAGUACAGGCUGACGAGGAUCCCGGGCACCAACGCCUUCGUGGGCAUCGUCAACGAGACGUGCGACUCGCUGGCCUUCUGUGCCUGCAGCAUGGUGGACAGGCUGUGCCUCAACUGCCACAGGAUGGAGCAGAACGAGUGUGAGUGUCCCUGUGAGUGCCCACUGGAGGUGAACGAGUGCACUGGGAACCUGACCAACGCUGAGAGCAGGAAUCCCAGCUGUGAGGUGCACCAGGAGCCGAUGACCUUCACAGCCAUCGAUCCCAGCCUGCAGGAUGCACUCCCCCAGUGCAUCAACACCCAGUGCAACCAGAGGACAGAGAGUGGGGAUUGCUUUGGAGUGCUGGACUGCGAGUGGUGCAUGGUGGACAGCGAUGGGAAGACCCACCUGGACAAGUCCUACUGUGCCCCUCAGAAGGAAUGCUUUGGUGGCAUCGUGGGAGCCAAGAGUCCCUAUGUGGAUGAUCUGGGAGCAAUAGGAGAUGAGGUGAUCACGCUGAACAUGAUCAAGAGUGCCCCGGUGGGCCCCGUGGCUGGAGGCAUCAUGGGCUGCAUCAUGGUGCUGGUGCUGGCCGUGUACGCGUACCGGCACCAGAUCCACCGCCGCAGCCACCAGCACAUGUCCCCGCUGGCAGCACAGGAAAUGUCAGUGCGUAUGUCCAACCUGGAGAACGACAGGGACGAGAGGGAUGACGACAGCCAUGAAGACAGAGGAAUCAUCAGCAACACUCGCUUCAUCGCGGCCGUCAUCGAGCGCCACGCGCACAGCCCCGAGCGCCGCCGCCGCUACUGGGGCCGCUCCGGCACCGAGAGCGACCACGGCUACAGCACCAUGAGCCCCCAGGAGGACAGCGAGAACCCCCCCUGCAACAACGACCCUCUCUCUGCUGGGGUGGACGUGGGGACCCACGACGAGGACCUGGAGCUGGACACGCCCCCGCAGACGGCAGCGCUGCUGAGCCACAAAUUCCACCACUACCGGCUGCACCACCCCACCCUGCACCACAGCCACCACCUGCAGGCCGCUGUCACCGUGCACACCGUGGAUGCCGAGUGCUGAGGACAGCACAGCUGCCACCCCCUGCAGGCUCUGCCACUGGGGACACCACAGCUGCCACCUGCAGGCUGUGACACUGGGGACACCACAGCUGUGACCUGCAGGCUGUGCCACUGGGGACACCACACCUGCCACCUGCAGGCUGUGCCACUGGGGACACCACAGCUGCCACCUGCAGGCUGUGGCACUAAGGACAUCACAGCCACCACCUGCAGGCUGUGCCACUGGGGACAUCACAGCCGCCACCUGCAGGCUGUGGCACUGAGGACACCAUGGUCACCACCUGCAGGCUGUGACAUUGAGGACACCACAACCACCACCUGCAGGCUGUGACACUGGGGACACCACAGCUGCCACCUGCAGGCUGUGGCACUGAGGACAUCACAGCCACCACCUGCAGGCUGUGACACUGAGGACACCACAGCCACCACCUGCAGGUUGCUGGCACCGUGCACUGAGGACGCCACAGAUGCCACUCCAGGGUCAUGGGGACUGUGCUGCUCCCCAAGGACAACCUCACAGGCUUCCCAACCAAACUGAGGCAUCAGAGCUUUGCAUUUUUACAAAUGGAAGGUUGGCUCUGGCCCGCAAAUGUGCUUGAUGAAUGGACCUGCCAAAAUAUGGAAAAAAAUGGAGCAGGAGGCACGUUAGACCUCCAGGAACGGGGAUGGGAGUUUAUCCAGCAGCUGGAGUUUGUUGUGCUGAGCCAAGAGCAGACAGAGAGCAUAAAGAGCCAGAGAUGAUUUGGUUUCCUUAACUGGAAGAGCAGGAAUGUGCAGCUGGAGAGCCCAGAAGUGGCAGGCAGAGCAGGAAGGCUGCUGGUGGAGAGCUCCUUGUGCCCACGUUGCUCUGCGGGACCCGGGACAAAUGCAUCUCAAGAUUUUUAAGUAAAGGAUUAUUUUUCUACUAUUUAUUGAACUUGAAACUUUGGGGGGAGGGAGGGGAGAAAACCUGUUAGGGAUUCUCAGCGAGUACCACGUGCAUUCUGUGCUGGGGAAGGGGCUCUUCCCAGGAAAGCAGCUGUUCCCUGGGAGCUGACCUUCAGCCAGUGCCCCACUCUGCAAAGGGAAAAUGAAGAAGCCCUCUCUGCCUCGCUGUUUACAUUAGGAUUGCUUUCUUUUCCACACUUCUUUCCUGUAAAUAUUACAGCCUGAUUUCUAUUCCAGUAUUGUCUUCCUAUCUGCAGAGGAGAAAUCCUGUACUCCGUUACUAAAAUUCAGAGAAUUCUGCCCAGAAACUUCUCCAUCUUCAUCUCUUCGCUCAUCCUUAAAGGAUUCCUGUGUGGAAGUAAUAAAGAAUUUCUUUAGCAUUAGUUACCAGAUAAUCCCAAAUGGAAUCUGUGCCAUUCUUCUGUUUCCUUGGACCACAAGUAGGGAUAAACCAGUGUUUUGUAAAACUUGGGUUACUGUGGAAGGAACCUUGAAACCAUAAUGAGAAGCUGCUGCUGUUUGUCUGGAAUUUUAACCUUGCUUGGUAAUUCAAACAAAGAUUAAUCAAUGUCUACAACAAAGGGCAUCAUAAUUAUCAGUAUGUUUUCAAUCACAGUGUUGUAUUUUAGAUUCACAUUUUGUGAUUACAAUGAUAUCAAGCCGUUCUUGCACUGUGCAUAUGGUAAACAUCCAUUUAUAUGUAGGUUUUUUUUAAAAAUCACUUGUUUUAAUUAAUAUGGUACUUAAUACUGUAUUAUGUAAAAAAUUGGUUCUUAAACAGUACAGUAAAAUAACUCUAUGUGUGAUACCAGGAUAUCCCUUUAUACUAUGUAUAAAAUCAAAAUCUCUAGUGAAAUAAACUGUAUAUAAGUAUA